AUGGAGGUCGUAAUUUCCGUGGGACAUACACUACUUUCAUGCGUUAACAUGUGAACAGACGAAUCGGACGGUGUAAGAGAUGCCACGUUUUUGCACGUAAUGUCAAAUUAGAUUCUCCUAACGGCCAACGUCCCGUACCAACUUUCCCGUAUUUGACUUUCGGAUCCUUUUAUCAUCCAUGAAAGAAAGAAUAAACCGAUCGAUAACCGGAAAAGAGAAAAACAUGUAAACCGAAUUUGGAUGUAACCGCUUCGUGUUCCGAGUCCUUCACAGAGUUCAGUCCAGAAAGAAGAAAUCGAGAAAUCGAGAAAUCAAUCACUGAAUUUUGAUCCGCCGGUGUCGAUGCAGCCGAAGGGUAGACUUCAGAACCGUAGAUCAAGGAGCUUUUCGAGAUCUAGACUCGCCAUCGAAGGAUCAUAGCCAUAGUUUCCUACAUUUUUUUUUUCUUUCAGUCAUCUCCGUCUCGAUUUUCUUCUCAGUUCAUAGAUUUCAUCACUCUCGAGAAGAAAUCGCCUCUUCCUUGUUCCCUUCUGUUAUCCUCACAGAUAAUGGCUGCGUACGGGGAGGAGCGAGAAAUCCAGAAAAAUUACUGGAAAGAGCACUCCGUGGGCUUAAGCGUUGAGGCGAUGAUGCUUGAUUCCAAAGCUGCUGAUCUCGACAAAGAAGAACGACCUGAGAUUCUUGCGCUUCUUCCACCGAUUGAAGGGAAAGCGGUGCUUGAGUUUGGAGCUGGUAUUGGUCGUUUCACUUGUGAAUUAGCUCAGAAGGCCGGCCAGGUCGUUGCGGUUGAUUUCAUUGAUAGUGUUAUCAAAAAGAAUGAAAACAUUAAUGGGCACUACAAGAACGUCGCAUUUAUGUGCGCUGAUGUCACAUCACCGGAUAUGAACUUUUCAAACGAGUCUAUGGAUCUGAUAUUCUCGAACUGGCUGCUAAUGUAUCUCUCCGAUAAAGAGGUUGAAGAUUUGGCGAAAAAGAUGUUACAAUGGACGAAGGUUGGCGGGUAUAUUUUCUUCCGGGAGUCUUGCUUUCAUCAGUCCGGUGAUAACAAGCGGAAGUACAACCCAACACACUACCGCGAACCCAAAUUUUACACAAAGCUUUUCAAAGAAUGCCAUAUGAAUGACGAUGAUGGGAAUUCGUACGAACUCUCUUUGGUUAGCUGUAAAUGCAUUGGAGCUUAUGUGAGAAACAAAAAGAACCAGAACCAGAUAUGCUGGCUUUGGCAGAAAGUCAGUUCGGAUAAUGAUAGGGGCUUCCAACGCUUCUUGGACAAUGUCCAGUACAAGUCUAGUGGUAUCUUACGCUAUGAGCGUGUCUUUGGACAAGGGUUUGUGAGCACAGGGGGACUCGAGACAACAAAGGAAUUUGUGGAUAUGCUGGAUCUGAAACCGGGCCAGAAAGUUCUAGAUGUUGGAUGUGGAAUCGGAGGAGGGGACUUCUACAUGGCUGAGAACUUUGACGUGGAUGUUGUGGGCAUUGAUCUAUCUGUAAACAUGAUCUCUUUUGCACUCGAACACGCGAUAGGACUCAAAUGCUCUGUAGAAUUCGAAGUGGCUGAUUGCACCAAGAAGGAGUAUCCAGAUAACACCUUUGAUGUUAUCUACAGCAGAGACACCAUUCUGCAUAUCCAAGACAAACCAGCAUUGUUCAGAACAUUCUACAAAUGGUUGAAGCCCGGAGGCAAAGUUCUCAUCACCGAUUACUGCAGAAGCCCCAAAACCCCAUCUCCAGAUUUUGCAAACUACAUUAAGCAACGAGGUUAUGAUCUUCAUGAUGUACAAGCAUACGGUCAGAUGCUGAAAGAUGCAGGAUUCGAGGAGGUAAUUGCAGAGGAUAGAACCGAUCAGUUCAUGAAAGUCCUGAAACGUGAGCUGGAUGCAGUGGAGAAGGAGAAGGACUGUUUCAUCAGCGACUUCUCGAAAGAGGAUUACGAGGAUAUCGUAGGCGGGUGGAACUCAAAGCUACUCAGGAGCUCAAGUGGUGAACAGAAGUGGGGUUUGUUCGUCGCCAAGAGAAACUGAUUAUGGCAUUCUUAAAAAAAUUAAUAAAUAAAAUUUGGUUAUGUAAUCAUCAGAACCCAGUUCCUUCCUAUCAUCUCUUCAAGCUAUGUUUCUGUCUCCUCUACUGUGAUCUUUUUCAAAGAAACUGUAUGUUACAUCCUGUCCAGUUUGGUAUUGUAUGUGGAAUUUGCAAUCGGAUUGAUCAAGUUUGACAUAAACAAAAAAGCUCGACC